GGACCGAGCGUACCGGUAGUUACGCCAUGACACGGCAGCGCGUGCCGCAGGACCCCCUCCGGGGCAUGGAGGUCCAUGUGCAGAAGGUCUUGGACUCGGCGCGUCAAGCUGCGCUCAAGCGCUACAAAGGGCCGGCGGCGAAGAAGCCGCCGUUGCUCGCGCACGCAGCAUGGAAGUGCCACGCCGCCCUCGACGCGCUGCGCAGGUCCUCGUCGUCCGAGCAUAGUGUCGAUGACAGCUGCGCCGUGCAGCCCGUCUCGGCAGACGUCCUCAACCGAGAAGCGACCGAGGACGAAGCUGCCUACGCCCAGCGCGUCGAACGCCGCAUUAAGCGAUAUGCGCAGCACUACUCGCACGGUCUUGACGCCAUCAGCAGUCGCAGAGGCACGACGAAGAGCACAGCAUUGAUCGACGCCGCCGUCCAUCUGCAGACCUCGUGCCGUCACACGAACGACGCGGGCGCGUCCAUCGGCGUCGCGGUGCUCAGCCGCAGCGGCAACCUCUACACGGCAGCAACGCAGGCUCCGAGCCUCGGCGUGUGCCCCGAGCGGCUAGCCCUCCUCAAGCUCGCGUCCGAAGAGAGCGAGAGCGGUGUCGACGGCGUCGCAAUCAGCUCGUCCGACGCGCUCUUCUUCCCGUCGCCGUGCGGCGACUGUCGGCAGUUGAUGGCGCAGUUCGGUGAUUUUCCCAUCUACCUCAUCCGCAAGUCGCUCGAGUACGAGCGGACAACGGCGUUUGCGCUCUUUCCGCAGGCUUUGCAGCAGCCGCACGUACUGCCAUCAGCCCAUCCUGCGCCGACGACCACCUGGUCGCAUGCCCGGUCGCAGAUGCGGCCCCGCGCGCAGAUGCAAGCGCGCGACUGGGGUCCCGACCACGUUCUCGACUGGCUCAUCGAGGACGUGGGUCUGCCCGAGUACGCCCAUGUGUUUCAAACGCACGGCGUGGACGGCGCGAUGCUGCAGUAUCUGCAAGAGUCGGACCUCGAGUUCCUCCUCCGCAUCACCAACGUACUCCACCGGAAGCGCAUCAGUCUCUGCUUGGACCGUCUCCGUGCUGCAGAUGCAUCCGAUGGCGUUGCCUUUGCUCAGCUCGACGACUACCUCGCCGUGCUGGACAUGGACCGCAUCAACGUUGUCGCCAAGCUCAAGGUCGCCUUUGACGCGGCCGACGUCAACAGCUCUGGCACCCUCAGCUUCGAGGAGAUCAAGCAGGCGCUCACUCGCCUCGAGUACGCUGUCGACGCAUCGGCGGUCGAACGCUGGAUCCAAAGCCGCUCGACAGAGGCCCGCGUGACGUUCCCCGAGUUUGCGCUGGCGGUGGUGACGGCGUACUCCAAGUCGACGUCACUCCCCGUGCUGCCGCUGCCCAAGCUGGACGUGGCCGCGAUUCGCCAGUCGUUUGAGCGCGUCGACGCCAACGGCAACGGCGUCAUCGACAAGCGAGAGCUCUUGCGCGCGCUCGAACUCCUCGGGCGCAGCGACUGCGAAGCCAAGGUCGCCGACUGGUUUGCCAACGCCGACGAAGACCGGUCGGGCUCGAUUUCAUUUCCAGAAUUUGUGCUGCGCUACACCCAGCUCCAGAAUCUGGAUGUGACGCCGCUCCGGAACGCCUUUGAUCGAGUGACACCGCACGGGGCGGUCUGCCCGCUGCUGCAGCUCCCACUCGUGUUUCGCGAGCUCUUUGUCCGGUACGAUGGUACAGCGCUCGACCGAUACAUGGCCGCGAGGAAGGAGCAGACGACCGGACUCUCGUUCCCCGAGUUCCUCGUCAUCUACCAUCUCUUUGUGACCGAGCCCGAGCCCGUGCAAACGACCGAGCAGGUGCAUCGGUACCGCAUCGUGCAGCUACAGCAGUCCGGCCACGUGCGGCUCUGCACCAAGCCUCCAGUUGCAUCGAGCCCCCACAAGCCGAGCCAGCAAACAAGUACGAGCGAGGCGCCGUCCAAGCUCAUGCAGUUCCAGCAAGCGAGGAAGCGCCGGGAAGAGACCAAGGACGACGACACCGACGAAGACGAGAGCAAGCUUGCCGACGAGUUUGCGCACGUCCACGAAGCCUUUGUCCGCUUCCGAGCCAAGCGCGUGACGACGCCCGAGGCCGUCCAGGCGCUGACCGAGCUCGGGCUCGUGCUUCCUCGGGCCCAGAUGCUGGCUUACUUUACGAGCCAUGGCUUUGGCACUGCGCGCGACAUCUCGUAUGCGGACUUGGUUCGGAGCUACCAAGCGCUUCGAAUGGCGUCGCCAGCGUUCAACAAGGCGGUAGCGCGCCGCCACCACCGAGAACACCACGGCCAUGCCAAGAGAAUGCAAGCGGCUGAGGCGUUGCUCAACGGAGCUAACGGGAAACCGUUCACGCGCAUCGAGUUUGACGCGUACUGCCGGCGCCAGCACGCAGCGCACGAGGACGACGCCAAGGAAGACGACGAGCUGCCGCCGUCCAAGCACCGCGCCGCUGAAAUCGACAAGCUCUACCGCGCGCACGCGGCCCGCCGAGAAGCACGCCUGCCGCCCUCGAGCGACUCGGACGAAGACUCGGACGACGACGUGGCGCCUCGGCGCCAGCGACGUCCAGGCGUGGAGGUCGGUGACCGCGUCGUCGACAAGACGCGGGCGCUGGGACCGGCGACGGUCAUUCGUCUCUACCCGGCGUACGGUGUCUGCGACCUGCACUUGGACUCGGGGCCCAAGCGGCGCAACGUCGACGUCACGUCCCUCGUGCGCUUCCGUGACAAACCGCUCGCGUCGUUCGCGGCACCCGAGCUCUUUGCAGUUGGCGACAGCGUCAAUGUGCGCUACAAGGGCACAAAGCUGUGGCGCGCCGGCGUCAUCAAGAAGGUCCGGUCAACCGAACGCGCGUACGACGUCAGGUAUGCGCGCGACGAGGUUGAGAAGCACGUGUCGCACCACCACGUCCGCCGCGCUCUGGCUGCAGCGCUCGAGUCCGACGAGGGCCUGGUCGAAGGCGCCAAGGUCGAGGCCCGGACGCGCGAGUGCGCCACGUUCUUACCUGGUCGCAUUCUCUGCGUGCGCACGAACGGCACGUUCGACGUGCGCUUCAAGCACGAGGACGGCGCCGUCAAGGAGCGGCUGCCCAAAAAGUGGCUCCGACUGCGAGCCAAGGACGGUGACAAGGACGGAGACGACACUCAGUUUGAGGUCGGUGACGCUGUGCAGAAGCAAGCGCACGGCGCCAUCCAGCGGGGCGUCGUCGCGCGCUGCCGAAGCGACGGGUCCUACGACGUCGAGUGGGACGACGGCGAGGACGAGACGCAUGUCAAGCCAUCGACGCUCCAGCCGGCAGCCUCCGCGCAAGCGCUCACCAUGGGCGACCUGGUGGAAGCGCGCUUUGGCGGCAAGGACAAGUACUUCAAAGGCAAGAUCACCCACGUCCAUAGCGAUGGCUCCUACGACAUUGAGUACGACGACGGCGACGAGGAGCGUCGAGUGGACCCAGCGCUCGUGCGCCGGCGCGACCAGCCCAAGCUCACCAAGGGUGCAGUCGUGGAGGCUAGGUAUGGCGGCAAGGACAAGUACUUCAAUGGCAAGAUCACCCAUGUGCAUGGCGACGGAUCGCUGGACAUCGAGUACGACGACGGCGACGAGGAGCGCCGCGUAGACCCAGGACUGGUGCGCCUGCUGCCAACGACCAAAGGGACACCUCGCAGCAAGUGGGCCAAGGGCGAUCUGGUGGAAGCGCGCUUUGGCGGCAAGGACAAGUAUUUCAAAGGCAAGAUCACCCAUGUGCACGGCGACGACUCGCACGACAUCGAGUACGACGACGGCGACGAGGAGCGGCGCGUGGACCCAGCGCUGGUGCGUCUGCCAGCCAAGAGCAGCACCAAGCCCCAGUUCAAGAAGGGCGAUCUCGUGGAGGCGCGCUUUGGCGGCAAGGACAAGUACUUCAAAGGCAAGAUCGCGCACGUCCACAGCGAUGGGUCGCUGGACGUCGAGUACGACGACGGCGACCGAGAGACGCGCGUGGCAGCGUCGCUUGUGCGCCCAUCUGCUGACGCGUAUGCGGACGACGACUUUGAGGAGUGACUUAGGAUGAUGAAUUAUGCAAUGGUCACGUACCGACCGGCGGUCUCGGACGGUCGGAUGAUCUUGACGACUUGGCCACGGGUCAUGCCGUAGUAUCUGCAUUGAGGAUAAGAUCACAUAAUGCAAAACAAUAAGUACCUCGCGA